AUGGGCAAUCCAUCAAGCCCCAUAUCAGCAAACAUAGUGAUGAAUCACAUAUUGACGAGAAUAAUAGAAAUUCUGCCAUUUCCAGUGCCUGUACUGACGAGAGAUAAAAAUAUACAGGAUUACAGACUAAAAAUUAAAAAGUUUCUUAGAUUUCCCCUUUAUCAACUCAGUAUCAAAUCAAAUUAA